CCUGAAUUUAAUAAAUUGUAACUACUACAUUUAAAGGAGGUGAUCAUCACCAUGUUUUGGAGAAUUACAAUAUUAUUUCAGAAUAUAUUUUCAAAUGUUGUAAAUUAGUCUUUUAUAAAUGUUUCCGAGAUUUUUAUUCUCAUGGCCUUCUAUGAGUGUGAUAUGUGCUCGUUGGUCUUCAACGACUCGAGCAAUAUGCGAAGGCACAGGCUCUUAACCCACUCAAACGAGAAAAAAUACAAAUGUGAGGAAUGCAAUGCCUUUUUUACAAGAUCUGAUCACCUUCAACGACACUAUCACAGGCAUAACAAAAAGUUUGAGAGGUUAGUUUGUGGGUUUGAUGGCUGCAAGAAAAUAUUCUCUAACUCUUCAAAGCUUCAAAUACACCAGGAACUUCAUAUGAAGAAGCUAGAUGAAGAUACGAUGAUUAUUAUGGGCUUUGCAGUUCCAAAAACACAACUUAACGGCUCUCCUCACUUGGUUUGUCCUUUUGAACAGUGUGAAAUGAAGUUUUCUUCAUAUUCCGGGAUUCAAAAACAUAUAAAAAUUCACCUAGAUCCUGAAAUGAAGGUCGAACUGAAGAACAAAUCAAAGGUUUACUCUUGCGAAAUCUGCGAUAAAACUUUUGAUAAGAAGAAAAGACUCCUUACUCACGUUGAGAAAUUCCACACUUUUACUGAAAAGGUAGAGCCAAAAGACAUAAAAAUAAUAAAUGGCAAGACCUUCUUCAUUUGUCCUCAUGAAGGCUGCAGAAAGAUAUAUACAACAAGGAGCAAUUUAAACAUGCACACUAAAAGUAUUCACGAACACAGGGUUGUUUUUAAAUGCGAUGAUUGUGGUAAAUCCUUCAAAUGGAAGAAAUCUCUAAGGUUACACAGGUGCGAAGGAAAAUACUAGUCGUUGGAUUCCAGGAAUGGGUUAUCGAUCUUUUCAGUUCCCUCAACGGGAUAUACAACAGUCACCUACUCAGUUAAAUUUUAAUCAUAGUUAUUUAAA